AAGAGCGAGGGAGAAAAGAACACAGUGAUGAAUGAAGGGACAUAGUUUAUGUGUCAGUGCACAUACAAUGUACAGAGAGAGAGAGGAAGACUCUUGGUGAAAACGUAGUCUCUGUGAAUAUGUCGCGGCGUCUUAGAAGGUGCAAAUAAGACAUCCUCCACGCUGCCAUUAUGGAGGUGCACACAUGAAUAUUCCCACACAGUCUCUCACUCACACUCACACCCUCACUCACACACAUAUUUCCGACAGACGUACAUGCUGUCUUGUUGCACAUGCGCUGUCGGCAUCUGAACAGAGGCGAGCGCAGACACUCACACACAUGCACGCGCCUGCAGCCACACUGCCUGAUUAGCUUGCGAGAGCUGUCUACAGCAUCCAGGGAAAUGGCGCAAGAGGCAGAGCAUUUGAGGAGAAGCGGCAGCCUAAAGCAGCGGGAUUAGACCUCUGGCAUUUUGGCCAGCUGAUGCACGGAUUGACUGGGAGCAGAGGACUGUGCUGCGGAGGUAUCAGGAGGCAGCCGGACUGCCUCUGCUCUGACUGUGUGUUACUGGGAUCGGUGUGAGACGGCACAGACGGGCUGAUGCACCGGUAGGAUUGGGCCGGGCCUCUGGAUCCGUACUGUGGGGGAGGGGCAGCCGACGCAGAGAGGGAGACUGUCUUUCCAGACCACAGCUCUGGUUUGAUUCUUCAACCUGACUGUCUGCUACAGGCCUGCCUGCAUCCCAUUCUGUCUCCCUCUCUUUCUCUCCAUUCUUGCUGUUCUCUUGCUGUCAUCAGUUGUUUGCCCGUUCUCCCUUCCCCGGUCCUCCUGUUAUCCAGGCUCCCUUUACAUCCACUAUUUGAAACCUCAGUCAUCUUUCUGUCCUCCCGUCAUCAUCUCUCCAUUGCCCUCACCUCCAUCAUCUAAAUUUAGUGUUUGUGAAGCAGCCCAGCUCUCGUGACAUUGUUUUUUUUUUCUUUACAUUUCUCUUACAUUGCCACUCAUUUCCACCAUCCGCUGCUGUCUUUGCCCUUCAGACGGUCCAUCGCUCCCCGUCUCCCGCCUCCCCUGCCUCCAUCUUUACUCUUUCGGCUCCCAUCCACCUUUACCCUGCAGUGACUAUAUAUUUGGGUCAGCCUGCUCAGCAAAUGGGAUGAGAUGUAGUCUCCACAGCAGCCGGAUCCAGGGGGCUCCUGGUUUGCCCUCAUCUUCGGACCACACUGAGGCUGGAGCCUGACUCAGGAGUGACUGGGUGGCCUGCUUUGGGGUAUUGCAUGUAGGCAAGGACAAUCUGCACCAGCAGCCCCUGCCCUCACCCCCUUCCCCCGUUCCUUUGACCCCCUCUUGGGGCAGCCGUCACUCUGGAGUGUCCCGGCUUGACUGGCUGUGGCCUCUCCCCACACACCCUGACGACGCCCUCAUGCCACUGGGGGACUCGCAGCACCUCUACCCCACUCCACUACCGAACCUCCUGCCGGUGCCAUCGACCAAAACCCCCAGUCACCCUCAACAUGGGUGUGGUGGAGGCCAUUGACCCAGCGCCGUCCCCCUGCCCCUCGCCUGUACCAGGGGGCUACAGGCUGCCCCGCUCCUCCAGCUACAGUCCCUUGCAGGGGAGGGCAGGGGCAGAGCUGGACCUCGGUGCAGCUGCUGGAGGAGUUCUGGAGGGGGGUGGGACAACAGCAGAGCGCAGGACACCCUUAGUGGACCUCUUCUGUGAGACCUGCUCCAAGCCCUGGCUCAUCGGUUGGUGGGACCAGUUUAAAAGGAUGUUGAACAGGGAGCUGUCCCAUUUGUCAGAGAUGAGUCGCUCAGGGAACCAAGUGUCAGAAUACAUCUCCACUACCUUUCUAGAUAAGCAGAACGAGGUGGAGAUCCCGUCCCCCACCCUAAGGGAGAGGGAGAAGCCCAUGUGUCACAUCAGUGGUGUGAAGAAGCUCACGCACAGCUCCAGCCUUUCCAACUCCGCCCUGCCUCGCUUCGGAGUGAAGACUGAACACGAGGAUGCAUUAGCCAGGGAGCUGAACGACUUGAACAAGUGGGGCCUUAAUAUCUUUCGUGUGGCAGAGUUCUCUAAUAAUCGACCCCUCAGCUGCAUAAUGUAUGCCAUCUUCCAGGAAAGAGAUCUACUGAAGACCUUUCGGAUCCCUGUGGAUACGUUUGUCACCUAUGUGAUGACCCUGGAGGACCACUACCAUGCCAAUGUGGCCUACCAUAACAGCCUCCACGCUGCUGAUGUCACUCAGUCUACUCAUGUACUGCUGUCCACACCAGCUUUAGAUGCUGUAUUCACUGAUCUAGAGAUACUAGCUGCAUUAUUUGCUGCCGCCAUCCAUGAUGUGGACCAUCCAGGAGUGUCAAACCAAUUCCUCAUAAACACCAACUCAGAGUUAGCCCUGAUGUAUAAUGAUGAGUCUGUGCUGGAGAACCAUCACUUGGCUGUGGGUUUUAAGCUGCUUCAUGAGGACAACUGUGACAUCUUCCAGAACCUUACCAAGAGGCAAAGACAGAGCCUUAGGAAACUUGUUAUUGACAUGGUUUUGGCAACAGACAUGUCUAAACACAUGAGUUUGCUGGCAGACCUCAAAACUAUGGUGGAAACUAAGAAAGUGACAAGUUCUGGAGUGCUGAUGCUUGACCACUACACUGAUCGAAUACAGGUAUUGAGGAACAUGGUGCACUGUGCUGACCUGAGCAAUCCCACAAAGCCUCUGGCUGUGUAUCGACAAUGGACAGAGAGAAUCAUGCAGGAAUUCUUCAGGCAGGGAGACAAGGAGAGAGAGCGGGGGAUGGAGAUCAGUCCCAUGUGCGAUAAACACACUGCAUCUGUGGAAAAAAGUCAGGUGGGCUUUAUUGACUACAUUGUCCACCCGCUGUGGGAGACAUGGGGGGAUCUUGUACACCCUGAUGCCCAGGAAAUCUUGGACACUCUGGAGGACAACAGAGACUGGUACCAGAGCACUAUUCCCCAAAGCCCCUCACCACCUCCUGUGGACGACGACAAGGAUCUAAACGUGUGCAUAGACAAGUUUCAGUUUCAGCUCACUCUGGAAGAGAGUUUACAGCGGGAACAGGAAGACGAGGAUGGCAAACCCACGCCAAACCAUGUGGCACAGGACUGCAGUCACGGGGAGGAUGAGUGCAAAAAGGAUGAAGAAGAAGACAUAAUGGCAGAGGAGGAAAAUGAGGAUAUAAUAGAAGAAGAAGAUGAGGUGGCAAUGGAAGAAGAGAACUUGGAGGAGGAGCUGAAAUCUCAGUUGGGUGGGGGGCCUGACAAGGACAGACUUUCUGACACAAGUCCUGUAGAAGAAGAGGAGGAUUCUUCUUCACAAGCUGACGAUACAUGAGUUUUGCUCCUGUAUCUCCCUCCUCACUUGCACACAUUAUCUUGUUCAUCCUUUCAAUGGCCAAACCAAGAACAAAUAAGACUGCAAUGACAAUACACACCUUUAAAUAUAUUUUUCAAAAAGGGAAUAAAUACAAAUUGCUUAAAGAGAAGUUAAUUACACAGCAACUGUAGAUUUGGAGUGGCGACAAGUCUUUCGACUGAUUCCACAGUGAACUUUAGACUAAGAGGAAUCUAGGAGAGCAUUAAUGUUGGGCGACUGAAGACAGCGUAGCACUCUGGGACUAGAAUGCACACACAUAAACACACAUGAAGUAACACACAACUUAUAGAAAGAAAAAAAAACAGGAAAUCCACCAAUGCAAUGUGUGUACGAGCAUGCAGCAGUCAUGCAGUAAAAGUGUGCUCCGCAUAUUCCCUGUCCUUUCUUUUUUCGGGAGGCAGAAACACACACUGGACUGUAUGUUUGUAUGUGUGCAUUUAUUAGAGGGACACUGAUAAGUAAUGAAUCUCUUUGGAAAAAGCCAUCCCUUAAUGGAGUAUUAACUAGUGUUCAGUCAGUAUUAGUAAUUCAUGUUCGUUAGAAUCUCAAUAGAAACUGUUCUCCUCAGAAAAGCUACACGUCCGAGUAACUUCUUUUUUUUUCCAUUUCUGUCGGAAAGAAAAAUAAGAUAAUCCCGUCGGAGUUGGAGGAGGUGAAGGAAAAACUACGGAAGGAAAGGAAGAUGCUGCGACGAAGGGGCCAUCGGGUCCCAUAUCCCCCUUUUUCCCUUUACGCGGAGAGUGCUACUGGUGCAAGAUGGCUCUGUGCCUUUCUGAAACACCAGCUUCUUGAACGGAGCUGUCGUGAAGCAAUGCAUUGUGGGACAGGAGUGUCUGAAUUUGUCAUCAUUUUUGAUUGUCUCUUGUUGAAGAUCUCUCUCUCUCUUUACUGUUCAUGGUAUCGUGGUGUGUAUCUCACACGUACAGUUUCUGUGGUGAUAUGUUUUCAGCUGUAAGUCUUCCUUUGUUGCUCUUCUGAUAAUAUAAUAACUCAGAACUCUAAAUGCAGAGCAAUCACUACCACCACCACAACCACCAGUGGACUCUUUCCAGCUUAUGUUCUUUUCUUUUUUAAUUUUUAGAAUAUUUUUUUUAAAACUUUCUGAGAAUAAGCCAUGUGAUGCUUUGAAGCAUACGUUUUGCCUAUUUUAUAUUUGACAGUUGCCGAAUACGUUGAAGGGACUCGGGAUUAUUUCAUCAGCAGAACAAAUUUUUUUAAACGCCAUCUCACGCCCACUUGCACUGCGUGGUCAUGUCUCCUCAUACACAACCAAUCUCACCAAAGUAAAGGAUGAGAAACUUCAGUGGGUGAAGUGAUUCAAGGGAAGACAGAUGAAUAAGAAAAUCAGGGAGGCAGAAUGUCAGGGGAAAGAAGCGUGACGUGGCCAAAUAGGAGGUCUAGCGGUCCCUAAUCAUCCUUGUUAUGUUUGAUGCUUUUUUGCCUUAAUGUCAGAUGCAGGAUAUAUGCCUGCUAGUAUGUAGAUUUAUAAGAUAUACAAUAGAUAUCCUAGUAUAUUUAUAUCACGUCUGUAUGCUUAUUUCUGUGAGUAUCAGUGGGUCUAUACACAAUGUAUCCAGCAUUGCAUUUGGAGGGAAAAGGUAGACACUGCUGCUGACUAGCUGUUAUGUUGUUGCUGUGCUUGGACCAACGUAAAGAAUGUGUUGUUUUCUAAUCACAACGACUAUCUUAUUAUAGCUAUCUGAAGGCAUUGAGGGGGAAAUAAGAAUUGAAAGGGGGAGUUGAGGUGUGUGUGUGUGUGUUUUUGGUAGGUUUAAGAGGAAGAUGUUGUCACACUCAUCGUCGCUCACUCACUGGCAUUGCCGUAUCUCGUCGAGCGGAUGUUCAGGAUUCGAUCGACAACAGCUCAAACCGGCCGCAGUUUGUCCAGGUGUUCGUUUCUCACAGGGUAUAAAUGAAUUAAAUACAUAAACAAACAAAAGAACACGAGUGGGGUUCUUUUGAAGGUAAGACCAAGUUCCUGCAGGUCAGUAACUCAGCUUAUCUGAAGACACCACCACAGACUGGUGUAAGAAAAGCCCCGUGGGCACAGCUGCGAGGCCCCCAACACACAGGCUGUUUCAUCCAGUGGAAUGGGAAGUUACUCAAAUAAAAGAUUCCCAUAUGCACUGGCCUUUUUUUUCAACACGUUGCUUUGUUUUGUGGCUUCUCGUUCUGUUAUAAGCUAUAAAAACAUCAAUAUUUAAUUGCCAUACAAACACAAUACUGUAGCAAUUGUUUCUUAUUAAGGAAAUUAUUAAAGUGAUUGAUUGCU